UGGUAAAAUGUCCUGUAGGUGCGCUGGGCGCACUCCACGAGACUACGAGAUGCUUGUGCAAUCGCAAUGUUCGCUAACGCACUUGUGCCUCGUUGAUGUGGUCUUGGACAAUAACCUCGCGAACAUUAUACCGCUCAUGCCUAGCUUGCAGGAAUUCGUCCUCGAAUUCUACGAGUGGAUACCAGAUUUUUAUGACCCCGUUAUGCAGUCCGAUCUUGUGACACAGAUGAGUGCGGUGAGCCUGGUAGAUGGGUCACAUCAACAUUCCAUGGUACCGUUUCUGCCAGCACUUGGCAUUUACCUACCUACCAUCCAGUAUACUCACGUCUCUGUCAUCAAUUCCUCGUUCGUGGGUAUGGUAGCUUCGCGAUUGCGCCGACCACAUGACGUGUCACAUCUCGUAAAGCUGGAUCUAUGGGUGAUGGGGCGAGGAUGGAGCUAUGGGCUUGACAAGUGGGAUGAGAAUGCCAUGAAUCGUUUGAAAGACGAAGGUCUUGAACUUGAUUUCUGUCUGUUUGAUGGGGAUCCGGUACCAGACUCUGAUGAGCUUUGAUAUGGUGGUGGGAUUGUAUUUGGUCCUCUUGCGUUCUUACUAGUGUCGUUCAGCUAUAUCUGAAGAAUGAAGAAUGAUGUUAGCUACCGUGCC